AUGGAGACGACGGUGAAGGAUGAUUUCGGCGGACCGCGGCCGCAUAGUAAACGAAGAGGACGAUGCGUGCUUCACGUGGACGCGGAUGCGUUCUUCGCCCAAGUGGAGGCUCUGCGAGAUGAGCGUUUGAGAGGGAUACCGAUAGCGGUGCGGCAACACGGAGAUAUCGUGUGCGUGUGUCAUCGCGCGCGCGCGCUCGGUGCGAAGAAACACGACGACGUGGACGCGUGUCGAACGCUCCUGGAGAAUAACGGCGGUAAAGUGAUUCACGUGAACACCACCGCGGAGCAUUUAGUGUCGUACGAGCCGUACACGCGAAUGUCGUAUGAAUUACACGCAAAGCUGCACGCCGCGUGCGAGCGGUUACGUCUUGAUGGGAAGGGCAUUGUCAUCUACGAAAAGGCUUCAAUCGACGAGGCGUACGUGCAAAUCGAGCACGGCUCAAAGCUGUCAGAGCGCGGCAAGACGUUCGCCGAGUCGAUUCGACGGGCGAUUUUCAAAGAGUGCGGACUCGUUGUCUCCGUCGGCGUCGCGAGGAACAAGCUCCUGGCCAAGAUCGCGUCAAAAUUUGCGAAACCAGACGGCGUUGUUGUCAUCGAAGACGACGAUGAUUUAGAGCGGACGUUUCGUAAACUCUCGAGCAGUGAGUUGCCACACUGUAAGGGUGAACUCGUGCGAGCAAAACUCACCAAGCACGGUUUGCACACCGCGUGGGACGUGCGCUCGAUGAACGCGAAGCGCUUGGAAUCCCUCAUCGGGCUCGCACCCAAACCCGCGCUCGAAUUGUGCAAAGCCGCGCACGGCGUCGACGACGCAGAGGUCAUUCAGCGAGUGAACGAAAAGUCUUCGUUGAGCACGCAGAUGACGCUUACGAUCAAACCGAGACCGAUGCCGCGAAACGUGGGCGGCGAAGUGGGGGUCACGGGCGGACCCGCGGGCAUGUUUAAUCCGUUGACGUGCGGAGAGCACGACCGUAUCGCUCUCACGAUGACGGCAUUGACGAGAGAAUUGUGUGAAAAGAUCAAGGUUCACGAAUUGUACACUAAGCGUUGGCCGAUAACCAUGGGGGUGAAGAUUAAAAUUCACGGCACAAGCGUACAGUACAACAGGAGUGCGGCGUUUCCUGUGAAAUUUGAUAACGCUAUGGAAGAGAACGUGCCGAUCACGAUGGCCAAAAAGGCGACAGAGCUAGCGGUGCUCGCCGUCGGGCAGCGCAAGACGGAAAUCAUUCAGCACAUCACCGUCUCGGCGAGUAACUUCAAGUCAUCCACGGGGGAGAAAGAAAAAACUCGUGAUGAAAUCAUCAGCGCCGAAACUGAUCCGCUCAAGAAGGCUAUCAGUCGAAUGAAUGAAAAGCGAGAGAGAGAUAAGAAGGCGCUUCGUAAGUCUGCAAAGCGCGCGCGUAACGAACGUUGGAUCGCUGGCGACGUGCCAUUGCCACCGGUCGAGCUUUUACUCGCUCUCGUCGGUGGCUGGGAAGGGGAUGACUCAGAGGAAGAGUGCAUACUAGAAGUGAACGAGUGUCGAAGGGCGCUCGCGAAUAGGCAAAUGAAAUGUAACAUUGACGGGUGA